GGAUUGCAAACCACGCCCCGUGACACUCUGAAAAUGCCAUUUUUAUUUCCUCGCAUUAUUGCCCAGCGCACCAACGGAGAGAGAACUGUUUUUAAAAGAGAGAACUGUUUUUAAAAGAAUGGCAACUGUUAUUGCAAAGAAGUCAUCGGAGCGGUGGAGUGAUGAGGAUGUGUCGGCGCUUCUGUCGAUUUACUCCGAGGACGCGACCCAGCGGCUUCUGCUAAAGGCAGUUUCAAAUACGAAGAUGUACGACCGUUGUUCACUGAAGUUGCGCGACCUGGGAAUCUUCCAUAACGCUAACUCGUGCAGGGACAAAAUAAAGAAGCUCAGGCAGGACUACAAAAAAAUAAAAGACCACAAUAAUAAAAGUGGUAACGACCGGAGGACGAGCAAAUUGUACGAUGUAUUGGAUGCUCUGCUCGGCCACAGGCCCUCAUUCUCCGGCACAGCGUCUACCAUCGAUUCGGGCGUGCUGGUGUGGGAGGCCGCUGAAAUGGCGGAUUCAGUGGUCGACGACGACGACGAAGAAGGGGCAGAGAUGGGACAACUCUGUCUAGAAACGAGUGAGCUUUCCCCUCCAGAUCGGGACAGCAGUCCUCGCUCGUCUCCCUUGCCACCAAACAAACGCAAAGGAAAGUGGGCUCGGGAUGAGAGCUUCCUAGACACCAUCGCCGCGAUGGAGGACCGGCGUGCCAUGGCCAGCAAGGAGAGUGAAGACCGACGUGCCAUGGCCAUCAGGGAGAUGCACGACGAACAGAUGUUGUCUCUUCACAAGUCCCAGGAAACAGACGACAAUAUGGUCAUGGUGAUGUCGCGCCAGGCUGACGCAAUGUCGCGCCAGGCUGAGGUGUCUGCGCAGCAACAACAGGCCUUCCAGGUUGGGCUUCUGGCAGUGCUUUCCGAGCUGGUUAAAUCCAACAGGCAUCCUUCACUGUAGUGUAUAUAUUAGGGGGGGGCUGUGGCUCAGUGGAUAUUGUGCUGUACUUUGAAUCGGGGGGUAGCAGGUUCGAGUCCCACUGCAGUCAGCAUGUCGUUGUGUCCCUGGGCAAGGCACUUCACCCCAAAUUGCUCCUGUGGUUCUCCACAGUAUUGAGUAUGUAAGUCGCUUUGGAUAAAAGCGUCUAACA